AUGUGCAGGAGCUGGCCACCAAAGUGCUCCCGCACCCCUUUGCAAGCACUGGACGAGAUCCACAUCUCGUGGCAGGGCGCGGAGAAGCCGGCACCGAGCGACCUGUCGAGUCUCUUGUCGGUGAGGCGGCGGGUGGUCGAGAGGGCCCUUGUCUGGCUGAAGCGGAACAACCCCCACUACGCCGAGAUCGAGAUCGACGCGGCGGAGAUGGAGAGCUGGGAGACUCGAUACACGGGGUACCGUCGGCCGGUGGAGAUCGAGGAGCUCUUCGCCCUGCUCAACCAAGGACAAGAAGCCGGCGGCCAGGGUGAAGGUCACGGGCCCAACGGAGAAGGCGCGGUUCGCGAUGGAAGUGACGCCUGCCCCGACCAGAACGUUCCAGCGAUCAACGAGGUGACGUCUUCUGGCAUGUUCGCGCUCGACGGACCGCCAGACGUCGCGGACGUGGAGAAGCUGCAGUUUGCCUGUGACGCUGUUGCCGGGGUUCGGGGCGUGGCGACGGUGGUUGUGAGCCAUACAUCCGGGUUUCGCGGGGGUGAGUUUACCGAUUCCUUUGAGGCGUCCUUCUUUGCCAGGACGUUCCCGACCCUGUUCCCAUUUGGCGUUGGGGACCAAGGGCUGUCGAGGCAGAGGCGGCCGCGGAGACCCGUAUCGUCUCGAAGCUUGAACCUUCAGGCGUGGGCCGAGAUCGUGCUCCGGCGCCAUGGUGGUCGAUUUGCACUGCACCACAUCUUCGCAUUUCUCGUCUUCAACAUGGGGGUGCGGUCGAGGAACCGCCGGGUCAGCAUGUUGAGUGUGGGGAGGAAGAACUUCCGCAAGGUAGAGCGCAUCGUGCGUUCGAUGACCACAGAAAGGCUAGCGGCGGCGAGGGUCGAGUUGGAGAGCUCGGGUAAGACGACCGAUGGUGACGUGAAGGAGCUUCUCAGGAGCCUCUCGCUUUACGGCCACCGGCAGCCCAUGUCGAGAGAGGUCCGUCUCAAUAUGCGGCGGAAAAUCCAGUCGCUCAUCGUCGGAUAUGGCGUGCCGGCCAUCUGGUUCACCAUCAACCCGAACGACAUUACGAACCCGGUGAAGCUGCGACUGGCGGCAUACCGCACACGCGAUCCCGACGCGGCCGAGGAGUUCUUAGAAGGCCUUGGGGAUGCGUAUAAGCGGGCACGGCUGGCGAUAUCGGAUCCCAUGAGCUCGGCCGUGUUCUUCCACCGCGAGAUGAAGCUGUUCUUCGAUCAUUACGUGAAGGUCGGUGAAGACUCGAUGCUUGCCGACAUCCACGGGGAGGAUCAGGCGGCGUAUCGCGAGCGAAUCGUCCGAUACAUCGAUAGCGUCUUCUCAGAGGAUCUGGACCAGGAAAGUUUUUGCGCCGUGCAAGCGGAGCGAUCUGUGACGGGCGGUAUUGAUCCGGAGGACACACAGCAUGGUCAAUCGAUGGAACGAGGCUAUUGCUGUCGGGCCCGGCACAACCAUGAUAUUUCCUUCAUUGCGACGCAGCGCAAGACAAUGGCCCUCAUCUAUUAUGUCACGAACUACGCGACCAAGGUGGAGGACCCGGUGUGGAAGCGUGUGGCGGCCGCGGCCGAGCUCCUGGCCACCUCAACAGGUGAUGGCACGGCAAACGGAGGGCGGGACGGUGGCGGAGACGCUGCCACCGAUGACCCUGUCAAGGGGAACAGGACGCGACAGUUCCUGAUGAGAGUGGCGAACCGCGUGUUCACGGAGCGUCCGCUAUCACAGGUCGAGGUCGUCGCUCACCUUCUCGGAUAUCCGGCCGAGUUCACCGACAGCAGCGCGUGGGCGUACCUGAACUGUUCUCUGCUGUACUGGGAAGUCUUUCGGCGAUGGCGGCAUCUCCGAGAAGCCAGUGGCGCUGCGGCUACGGAUGACACCUUGGAUGAGUCGGUGCUCAGGCGGCCGGGCAAGCACGCUACCGUCUGCCUCGACGGCUACCUGAGCAAGGACUUCACCUACGAUGACGAGUCGUGCUACCGGAGGGCAGCCGUGCAGCAUCUUGCGCUGUUCGUGCCGUGGAGUCCUUCCUGGGCGAAGGAACAGCUGCUUCGACGAUCCGCCGAAGACGCAAAACGCGACGCCAAGCAAUGGGCAGCCUCGUCCGGCGAUGGCGACCCGACGGUCGCACACGUCGAGGAGGGUGGAGCAGGCGAGGCGGGCGCGGAGUCUGCAGCGACAUAUCAGCCCAACAGCAUCGGAGACGCAACGCGGCUCAUCGACGUCGUCCGAGGUGCAGUGGGAGCGAAUCAGGUGACGGCCAAGUCGCCGGAGCUCAUGGCAAUGAUACAGCAGCUCUGGCGGGUAUUUUCCGGGGCCGCACUACCGCCGCAGGAUCAGGUCAAGGCUAUCAAGUCGCAGCAGCGAUCGCCGCGCAGCGUUGCGAAGGGUGAUGACCGGUUUCGGGAGGACGAGGUCGAAAUGACGAUGGCCGACUCCGACGAGACCGCUAUCGACGCAGGGGCGGGAAUGGACGUUCAGUUUGGCCCAUCAACCUCCUUCCUCGCGGCGGGCAAGGUGUUGGCAACACGGCUGACGCUGAACAAGAGGCAGUCCAUCGCUUUUCUGAUAAUAUGCCGCCAGCUCGAUUUGAUGCAGCAGACCGACGGGGCGAUGCCUGCCAGCUGCGCCAUAAAAGAGCCUUUCGAAUCGUCUGCUGAUCACGGCGACGUCGGGGACUGCCGCGGCGCGGAUCAACGGCAUCACGAUCCACCCGCCUGCGGGUUCACUAAAGACCAAGGGGCGGGGGCGCGAACAUGGUCAAAGACCUUGACGGUGCGGCUGCCGAAACAGGCGGAGCGGUUCAUCCACGGCCAGUCUCGAAUGGAUUGGCAGGAGAAGGAUGUGCUCGUCAUCGACGAGGUGAGCAUGCUCGGGGCGCGGACGCUGCACGCCGUGAACGAGCGGCUUCGCCGGCUUCGCGGAUCGCGGCAAGAUUUCGGGGGGAUCCCCAUCGUCCUCUUCUGCGGAGAUUUUCAGCAGUUCCGGCCGGUCCAAGAGAGGUCGAUCGUCCUGCCUAGCGCGGCCAUCUCGUGGGACGUAGACAACUCGUUCAAGGCCGAGCAGCGUCACCAGCACGACAAAGCGCACGCACUGUGGAAGAGGUUCACGACGGUCGUCAUGCUGGACGAGCAGAUGCGCGCCGCCGGCGACCCGGAGCUGCAGAGGCUGCUGAAGCGGAUCCGUCUAGGCGUGCAGGAUCGGACGGAUCUAAACCUCCUCAACUCAAGGUGCUACCGGGAGGGAAGGCGGAUCCCUUGGGAGACGGGCAUCACCGUGGUGACGCCGCUCAAUAGGAAUCGGUGGAACCUGAACAUGGAGGCGAGCCUGGCGUUCCGGGUCCAGCAGCGGUCGACGAUGCGCAUUUUCAUCUCCGAGCACAAGUGGAAGGAGGAGCUGCCGACGGAGGAAGAGGCGAUCAUGAUACUCAACCAGGGCGACGAUAGCGCGAUCCCGGUGCCGGCCGUCUUCAUGUUCGUGGCCGGGAUGCCCAUCGUCGUGAACCACAACACCCACCAGGGGCUGAAGCUAGUGAACGGCGCGAGCUACUCGGCGGUGGAGGUCAUUGUCGACAAGGCGUACCCGGGGCAUCGGAUCUCGGCCGAUAUGACGAUCCACUUCGGCCGCCGGCGGGGAUCAUUCUCGAAUCGGAGACGACGAGAUAUCUCCACUUCGUCGGGAUGCCGCCGGGCACGAUCUUGUUGA